CACCAAAUUUUAAAUUAUGAUUUAAACUGGAUAAAAUAACAUAAUCAGAGACUGACUGGUCUGAAAACCCAAGCUGUACUGCGUAGGAACAGAUAAUUAAAGCUAGUGUUAGAUCAGCCUUGGUACUCAACAAAAGUGACUGCGAAUACCCUUGUUUGGAUAUGGCACUCUAUUCGGAGGCACUCAUAUGUUUCGUACUAAGCAAACGUUCUGAAUAAUUACAGGAUGCUGAUAAACAAAACAAUUUAUAGAAGACAGACAUAUUUAAACAGCAGAUAGUGUUUACUGCGGGGAUAGUAGUUUAUAAAUCUAUUGUCGCGCACUUAUUAACAAUCGAGAUAUUGUGAAACAAAAUUGACAUUAAGUGGUAUUUUUCAUUGCAAACAGACACAAAAAUUUAAAAGUUGUUUAGGAUGGCAUGGCGUCUAGAAAGUGCUCAAAGGAUUUGUAUGUAUCGCCACAUCGUACAAAAAUCCCAGAUGUUUUUGUUAUUCAGGACUACUCUACCUCGCCCCCGAAUUCCUCUGGUGUACAGGGUCAUCUAUCCCCGUCCUAUGGCGGAUACCUUUCUCCUGACUGUAACUCGUCAGUUUACACGAGGUCAAACAGUACCGUGUCAUCCAUAUUUGAUUUGUCGUUUGAAAGUGAGCAACUUGACCGCUCUCUUAGAGCAAACGAUGCAUUCGCUGUGUCAAAGAUUUUACAAGUGCAUUAUGGGAAGUUCCCAAUUAAUUUCCGGAAUCAAAGUCCUUGGGACAGACACAGUGUUGAUACAAGAGGCAGACGACCGAGUUCAAGAUCGCAAGAUCAAGAUGUGUUCAUCCGGAGACAGCAGCCGUCAUUUUUGGGGGACGGUUUUGACAGACGUGAAAGUGUUACUCCGGAAUGUGAUAUACCAGAUAUAUUUAGGACAUCUCUCCAUGUCGCUAUUUUACACAAUUCACUAGAAGUUAUUGAAGUAUUACUGAAACACGGCAUUGAUCCAAAUGAGCCUCGUUCUAGUUUGAUUAACUCAGAGAGACGUCUUUCAUCUUUUUUGUCCGAUGGUAACAAAUUUAGACCUGACUGUGUUAUUGAAGAAUCAUUCGAACAGUGUAAUUCUGAAGACAACUUAGUGAACAAAACAUCUUCUGAUAACUUCACCCUUACUGUACCCGUCCAGAUUACCCUACCAGUCCCACCUGUACCUAUUGUCCCUCCUGUCCCUCCUAUUGAAACAACCAGGAAACAGAGUACUGCAUCACAUGAUACUGUAAAGCCAAGGGCAUCCUUUGCAAUAUCACUUGACAAUGAAAUAUGUUACACAACGGAAGAACUAUUUAACCUUCCGCCAUUGUUUAUAGCUAUACAAGAAAAACGAGACAUUGCGGUGAUAUUCCUAUUACAAUAUGGUGCUGAUCCAAAUGUUCAGGACAGAGCAGGAAACACCCCGUUGCAUGUAGCAGCAACAGAUUCAUGUUAUGAUCCUAAUAUUUGCAAAGUAUUACUACGCCAUGGUGCUAGAACGAGGCAAAGUAAUAAACAUGGACAGGCACCGCUGGAUUUCCGCCAGGGUUUGUACGAUAUGCAAAUCGGUGUCAUUAAAGAGAUGUUGUCAGGAAAAAGUAGUACCAUCAGUCUUGAUAAAUGUCUGGAAGCAAAUAAACAAGGGAAGAGAAUAUCGCUAUCCAGUUCUGCAGAUUCUGGAUCGAGAAACACGAGCCGAUCUGGAAGUAUCAAGAAACGCUUUUUCAAACGAAGUGAUAUGCGAGAGAAAGAGAAAGUGGCACGUGAACGACGCAGAUUGGAAAGCACGUCUACAGGAACAGAUAUGUUUUCCGACCACUCCAAUGCCAGCUCGUACAGAAGUACCUGUAGCAGAAGUAGGAUACAGUCCAUGGCCGUUACAGAGGACAUUGACAUGGAAGUUCACUUGCAAGUUCCUGUCUUAUAUAAUGAACGAAGUAGCUGCAGUGAAGUUAGUAUCGGCAGGAGUGUGGUUGGCAGCUAUGACAAAAGUAUAAGCAGCGGCAAGAGCGCUGGAAGCGGCAUGUCUCUUCGACGUGGGGAGAAAACCAAGCACCGGAAUAGCUGCGCCCCCGACGGUGCGGACCGGUCCUCAAUUGACGACACCGAGAAGUCCCUGAAGGCUUUGAUCAAGCUAGCAGGGAACCCGGAAUGUGUGUCGUCCCUGGUUGAAGGUCUUGGUAACUUCAUGAAAUCGGUGUUGGCACUCACGGAGCACGCAGAGUCAACAGCUGUAGAAAAUGCCAUCAGCCAGUUGUUUAAUACCAUUAUUCAGACUAUAUAUGAACUGCUCAAAGAAACAAAACAACCGGAAGACAGAUUAAACAGCUUUUACGACCUCUCCAAACUUUUGAUCAUCGGCUUCGAGCUGCUGAAAGGCAAGCAGAGCCUCCAUUUCACAGCGCUAUGUACUAUAAAUAGAAUCAUCGAUAUUUGUGUUGUUUAUAAAAAUUACGAGGUUAGUGCAUUGACUAAAAGCGCAGAACAAGUUUCUACGAGCGAUUUGUAUCGAGGAUCCAGUCCAAAGCGGAAGGGAAGCCAUAAUACUACAGAUGAAAAUACUGCGCUCAAUCGCCAUUUUUCAUUAACUAAACGUGAACGGCGGAUGAGUCACGAUGUGCACUCAAAGGGGGACUUACAUGAACGGCAUACAGACGACAGGGAAGAUUCAAAAUCGAGCAAUACAUCAAACUGCACGCAGGUGCAUAGAACACCUCUUGAAAUUCUCACUUCCUGUGACCCCAGUCAGAUUCUCAGUAUUUUACAUAAUAAUAUCACCAUGCAUAAACGAAUUAUUGGAACUCGUCAAAAGUGCACACCCAGUACAAGAUGGCGGCAGUGUACUCAUCAUUGUUUACAAAUAUUUAGUGCCCGGAUAUUAACAGUUAUGUGUCACGGACAAAAUGUCCAACAUAAGUUAGUGAACGACGGCCAUGCCAAGACAUUAGUUGAAGCACUGGACCCGAAUCACGACCCGCAUCUAUUGUGCCUUCUUCUACAAAGCCUAUCAUCUAUUGCUCUCAACCCAUCCUAUCAUCAAGUAUUAACCGACGCCGACAUUGCCGACAUGCUGAUGCAGCUUCUACUUCCGUCAGAUGAGUGGUACUACACGAAUCAUAGUACCAAAUACGCAAAGUACGUGAAGUAUCACGCAGCUAGGAUAUUGGUGUACCUCGGACAACUCCACAGGCUAGGCGGGCGGGUCGAUCUCUUUGAUACAAAAGUUUUUCAAGACGCCGUGUCAAACAACCCUAUACUGCAAGUGAACAGUCCAGAAGACAGUUUUAUUGAGCUCAUGGCAUUGGGCCGUAUAGUCAUGUGGAACGAGAACCAGCACAUAGAAGCCGCCUCACUUGAGGGACUUAUAACACAUGUUAUAGAGGAGGUCAUUUGUGAAGAUCUUGAGGACAGAAAUGUCUCACCUAGAAUGUCCGUAUCCAGCUCAGUUCAGAGUUUUUGUUGGACAUUUAAAGGUCAUCACGAUUUUACAACCCCGGCAGUGUCGCCAACAUGUUCUGUACAGACUUUAAAUAAUGUUGGAUACAAGUCGUUUCGGGAGUUUUUGUUGAUGACCUUGCCUCUGAUUGUCCAUCCAGUAAUAACUCUGAGAUUGUUAGCUCAUAAAAUGUUUGGAAACAUGAUUCGGAGAAAAAAUGUGCGCUCACAAGACGCUAAAUUGAAACCACCGACGGAGGAAAACAUAAACGCGGAGGUGAAAUGCCCACCGCGGAGUAAUUCAGAAGGUGCCAAGUGUUUUGAACAAAGACUAAAUGCAAAGCAACAACAAAAAUUGUCAGCAUCUGCCGCAAGUGAACAAAGGGACAGGAGUAAAACUAUUGUCGUGUAUACGAAACACGUAAAUGCGUGUAGUAAUGACGCGAACGGGACCAAUUUAGCUUUACGUGCAAUAGGAGAGAGUCUAGUGACUCCGUUAGAAAUGAAUAUUCAUCCGGGACCAAGCCCCGUUACAGAACAUAGGCAAGUUUGUGCUACUCAGUCAGAGUCUUUCAAAGAUUCAAAGCCAAGACUGUUCCGAUGGCAGAGCAAGAAGCUGCUGUCAAAAUCUCAAACCAGCAUACGUUCACAAGACGACUCGUUGUUACUAAAGAAAGACACAGAGCAAGCGUCAACGCAUGACGUUGAUAUUAUAGCAUUCCAAAGAGAACUGAUCAACUUGCCAACGUUUGUGAUGGACACGCCAUUAGAUAUUUCCCCCGUGUUCUCGCGCUCAAGCUCAGUACCUGAAAACCUCGCUGGCCGGCUGAACGCCACAACCGGCUCCUUAUGCCAGCUGUCAGCGCAUAGCUCACGUAAAAGACUAAGUAAAUCGGGUUGUGGGUCCGAGCAGGCAGUAUCCUCUCUUGUACAUUCCGGGUCAGCUGUUGCUAUCACAAUGACUGACGUCAAUCAUCACGAUUCUGUGUUCUAUUUGCCGUCGGAGGAAUCUACGACGGACACUCCCGACGACAGUGUAGCUAACAUUAUAGUUCAUUUUGACCCACCUCAGUCACCCAUGCUUUCUAGCGCUAGCGGAAGCCCGCAUACAUUUGACUUUCCGCCACCGGCUUUCGGGAACAAUUUAUUACAACCGCUCAAUAAUACGAACAAUUCUUCCAUCUUGAACAACAAUAUAACUACAAAGGCGCCUGCUAGUAUGAGCGAAGAUCACCAUAACGUUUUGGCGACACUAGCCGAAAGGAACGCCGACGUAUCGGAUUCUAAAAACUCUCUAAUCAGGCCUGAUAUAUUACGAAUAAGCCCUAUAACAAGCCCAAUAAAUGAGAUGCCCAUAGCUCAUCAGGGUGUGCUUAGAGUGAUUGAAACUUGGAUUAGUGUGUGUAAAUCUGAUCUCGAAGGGACACAACUCGUGGUGCAUGAAAUGAGAGAUUUUUUGAAAAAGUUAUCAGUUCUUGGGCCGGAGUAUAAAGUGUGGUGUCAAAAGAUCCUAGGAGCUCUUCAUCUUGAGGAGAAAUUAGCAGCGGAUGAAAACAGCGAAUCACCGGAUGAUGGUUUACAUGCGCAAUACAAACAGCUUCAAGAAUUAAUUUUGUCUGGCGAAUUGCCAUGUUCAAAAGAAGAAGCCGCAACACUGGCGGGCAUCCAGCUUCACCUAGAGGAGGCGUGGCCGGAAAAUGAAAUGACCAAUCAUAAUGGACCAUAUAGAAUCGUCGACAAAAAGAUGACAGACCAAUCAAGAAAAGCUUCUAGUAAUGAAGAAAAACAAGAAAAUUUGCGGAAAAAGAAAGAGUUGAUCCGAAACAACAAAGCAAGGGGGAUCACUCUAAGCAGACGUAAAGGGAGAUUAGUCCGUCAGUUGUCAUGUAUGAGCGAUAAUGAGCCCGAGAGUCAGGUGGAGAUUGAUCUUACCAAGUAUUUGCCACCGCACUACACCACCUCGAAAAAAGUGAAACACAUGAUUGAAGAAAAGCAGAAGAAACUUUGGCAUACCCCAUUUUAUGACAGCGAAGUUCAGUUGAAGAGGUUAUACAUCAAGAUCUGUAAAAAUUUACCGGGUUAUACAUGUAAACUGUACCACGUCAAAGAAAUACUGAAGGGAAAUACCCAGAAAAAGGUCAGCAGACUUCUUGGGAUAUCUAGUGAAAGAGUCAUAUUGCUAGACAACAAAACCAAAAUUCUAGCAAAAUCACAAAACAUAUCCGACUUAGACGAAUGGCGGACCGGAAGCGGAAAGGCACAUGACGGAUUGGUUCUCGAGUUCCGUGGUACAAAAAUAUGGACGUUAUCAAUGCUAUCUCCAGACAGUCUGAAAUCUGUGACAGCUGUAUUAUGGGAUGCCUUAGACAUGCAUGGGCGGUUCUUAAAUAGCACAACGCUACGAAGAGAAAGCUUUGAAUUCGAUUUCCAGCGAAAGCAAUUGACUCUCGCACCGGAUGACGAAGGGUGCUCAAAGUAUACAAAGGAGCUAGAGGGUCUUCAGAAAAUACUGCAUUUUCCGGAAGAGGUCGCUGUUUUACUGACGGAAGUUGAAUCUCGUCUGUUUCUUAGUGUACCCCCAGCAGACUACAUACGUCAGGUGACCCUUGACCUCAGUCGGGGGUCAAGUACUACCGUGAAAGUGUCAAAGGUCGAAGAUCUCAUACAUAGGUUCAAUGAGGUGAGCACGUGGAUAACUCAACUAAUUAUAACCCAGCCUACACACGACAACAGAAAGGCUGUCUUGUCUUGUAUACUUCGUCUGCUACAUUAUUGCUGGUGCUUAGGAAAUUUCAAUUCCGCAAUGGAAAUCCUCUCUGGUCUCAAGUCGGACAAGCUGAAGCCAUUUUGGUUACUGUUGUCAGAGGAAGAUUUAUCUACCCUUCAUACACUGUCUGCCGUCAUGUUUUCCCGUGAGCCUUCAGUGGAAUACAAGGACGCUGUCAGUGCAGCGUUAGACAUCCGCGAGUGCAAUGUAGUUCCAUACUUUGGCGGAUUCCUACGCGAUAUCCGGUCAGUCGUAAUGUCGUCACCAAGCAUAGUUGUUCUACCACCGACGGACGAAGACCACUCGUUAGAGUUUAUAUCAGAUUAUCACGGAGAGGAUCGAUUUAUGACGCGGAUAGGGGUAGGAGGGUUAAUCAACAUAGAGAAGCUAAAAAAGGCCCAUGCAAUAUUGAGUGAUAUACAACUGUUCCAGUACCAUAACAACCUGGUCAUGGAACAAGACGAGCAUUCAUAUCUGCGAGCAUUAUCUUCAGAAUUGGUGGAUGAAGUGUUCUACGAAGCUGGAGACUCACACGAAAGUGACACUGAGCUUGAUUUUGAAUCUUACCAGCCAAUCAAACAGCUUUGUAGUGGCCAUGACGUCAUGAUAAUCACGCCCACUUUUGCACGACUAAGUCAUCAGUGUUUGCAGUUCAUUAACCAAGGGAGCACUCUUGUUCACUUGGAGGAGGAAAGCGGUCGCACGUGCAUGUGUUUCUUAAGGCUCGAGGCCGACAAUGCCACGUUAACGUGGAAGAAACCAAACUGGAGUGCGUUACGUGGCAACAUCUCAAGCCUUCCGGACUAUGUUCUUCGCGGUGAUUUCGAUUACAGCUCUAUACAGGCCAUGUAUACACGAUACUGUAGUGGUGAAAAUGUGUUUGAUUCAAUGGAAGAAGGAUAUCUAGAUUUAACAGUGCUGAAGGAUGUUAGUUGGGCCCAUGAGGACGAUAUAGACCUUUCAACAACAUCAAAACGCUAUGGGCUUGAAGACAUAGCUCCAGAAAAGAACUGUGUUUGUUUAACGUACGGUGGUUCAUUAGCGGAGAACAAACAUCUACAUUUCGUGGGACCAACAAACGUUGUUAAAACGUGGUAUCAGGGACUGCAGACAAUUUGUCAGGCAGUUAAAAAGUUACACAAACAGACGGACAAACGGAUACAGUGGCUAAAGAUGCAGUAUUUGCAACUGUUCUAUGAUAGUGAAAAAUGUCAGGGACCGACGCCCGCAGAGGCUAUACGGGUAUUUGGUGGGCGACGAUGGACUCCUGGCGGGCCUCAGGUCAGCAAUACCCUCACAGAAAAUACCUCAUCGUUUAAGCGUACAUCCAGCUUUGUAAUGGGCUCAAACAUUUUUAAGAAAAAACCUUCCAGUUCAUUCCAAACACCCAAAGAAACAAGCCCCAGGCCUUCUCAAACAAGAGAUAACUCUAGUACAAGUCUUAGUAGGAGAAGUAAAAGAUCUCCGAGUCCACAGUCCCGAAGCACUCGCGCCAGUAUCGGAAGUAACGUGUUAACCUGUGACACCGGAAGUGAUACAAACGUAAACGUUUCUUCUCCGAAAGAUGGCGCUGCUCGCUCACAGAGCCAUCCCUGUACGUCAAGUUAUAUAACACGAUACAGGACACGACGACGCACCAGUGUUCUAGGCAAACAUCUUGUAGGGGAGAACAAGAACAAUUCCAUUACACAUUCAACAAGGUUGUCUUUCUUUGACUUUCUGGAUCUAUUUAGAUCCUUUGCGCUUCGAAGUAGAAAGGAUUUGCGAGAUUUGUUUGAACAGUUUGCAAUAGCGAAACCAAGUGGUCUGAAACAGGGUAGACAAUACACACAUUCCGUUACAAGCGACGCUAACAUUCUCACCAGAAAUACAACAUAUGAUCUCAGCCAUUCCACGGACCCCUCCUACGUCCAGCGACGUAAGAUAUGUGACGCCAUUGCCGUAGCAAGUAUAUUUGAGAACUGUGCUGGCGUGGAUACGUCACAGAAUCGAUGUUUGAGCCUCAAGGAAUUCCGUGAGUUCCUCGAAGACUAUCAGGAAGAACAUUUGGACGAUGCAGACAUUCUUGCUCUUAUCAGGAAACAUGAGCCGGACACAGUCCUCAGAGAUAAUGGGUAUCUAUCAUUCGAGGGGUUCGCUAAAUACUUGAUGGACAAGGAAAACUACGCUUACUUGUUCGAGAAAACAAAACACAAUGACGAGGACAUGGACCACCCUCUGGCUCAUUACUACAUAGCAUCUAGUCAUAAUACCUACCUUACAUCCCAUCAGCUGAAAGGAGACUCCUCAGUAGAGUUAUAUAGUCAGAUAUUGCUGUCAGGAUGCCGGUGUGUAGAACUCGACUGCUGGGACGGUGACGAUGGUUUGCCUAUUAUAUAUCAUGGACAUACACUCACCACAAAGAUAUCAUUUAAGUUGGUUGUGGAAGCCAUAAACAGAAGCGCAUUUGUGACGUCACCGUAUCCCGUGAUCCUGUCUUUAGAAAACCAUUGUUCUAUUGCACAACAGCAAAAGAUGGCUCAUAUCUUUCGGACGGUAUUUGGAGACAAGUUGGUGACCCAGUUUCUUUUCGACUCUGAUUUCACCGAUGAUCCCGUCCUACCAUCUCCGAACCAACUCAGAUAUAAAAUUUUGAUUAAGAACAAGAAGAUAUGGGAGGAGGGCGACCAGCACGCCACAGCAAAACGGGCGUCGGCAUUCAGUCGGAAUUACAGCAUGGUGCUCACAGAAAGUGGUACAUCUCAGGAUUUUGAUUUUGAAGACGAUGACGACGAUGAGGAAGAUGAUGUUACUAUAGUAACGUCGGUCACUAAUGUGAAAGAAUCCCGCCGAUCUAUGGACAGCCAGGAGAGCCGAGCGAGCCCCGAUGGCGAUGAUAAAGACAGUUCCAUGCAUCCUUCCGGUUCUUGCGGUGACCUUGCAAGGCGAGCGUCAUCUUUGUUCAGUGAAAGGAGUCGACCCAAAAGUCAUCCGGAACUAGAUUGGCAGUUUGAUGAUGAUAUUCAGGACCCGAAAAUACAGAAAAAGCCGAAGAAAGCCAGUCAGAUUGCGAAGGAACUGUCAGAUUUGGUUGUUUACCUCCAGGCUGUAAAAUUUAGAGGUUUAAAUGUCAGCCCUAACUCCUCGAUGAAACAGCGGUAUUCCAAGCCAGGAGCGGCCAAGAAAUUGCACAGUGGAGUGUCAGGGACGCCACCAGCAUCUCUAGAUCGGGCAGAUCACAAUAUGAACAUGGGUAUAUCACUACGCCAGAAACGUCCAGACAGUACACCAUCUUGCUACCUCGUCUCCUCACUGAAUGAAAACAAAGCGAAACAACUGUGCCGACGAAAUCCAAACCUGGUUAUUAACCAUACCGAGAAGCAACUGAUGCGGAGUUAUCCCGCUGCAAUGAGGAUUGACUCCUCCAACUUUAAUCCAGUCUUGUUCUGGGCGUUCGGGAUACAGAUGAUUGCUCUCAAUUACCAAACUGAAGAUACUGCGAUUGCAAUAAAUACAGCUAUGUUUGAACAAAAUGGACAGAGUGGGUAUGUGUUGAAGCCGGCAGUGACUUGGGACAAGAGCCAUGUCAUGUACAAUCACUUCAACCCCCUAGACAAGGAGUUCGAUGGUCUUCAUACAACAGUUUUGACAUUACAUGUGAUAUCCGGGCAGUAUGUGUGUUCAAACUAUACAGCGAGCACACAGGUAGAGGUAGAAAUAAUUGGCAUUCCAGUUGAUUGUGCAAAACAUAAAACUAAAGUCAUUCCAAGAAACGCUCUCAAUCCAAUAUGGAACGAUGUCUUUACCUUUCAGGUGAUGUACUCAGAGCUUGCAUUUAUCCGCUUUGUUGUGACCGACACAAUCACCAGCCAUAUAGUAUCUCAGCGUGUUAUCCCCCUCAAAUGUUUGAGACCUGGCUACAGGCAUGUUCGGUUACGGACAGCAACCAAUCAGCCGUUAGAACUAGCUACAAUUUUCAUCUAUUCCAAACAUGAGGAGGAGCUCAUAGAGCCGUGCAGCCGGCUAGAGUACUCGCAGGACUCCACGUCUGCUAUUCUAAAGUCUGUAUUCACGCGGGUCAAGGACAUGUCAGAAACUGGGAAGGAUGGAAAAGAUCUUCACUUGGCAAAUCCCAUUGGUACCAAGCUCAAACGGCGUAUGUUCUUUAUCAGUGUAUUUGGUGUGACAGCGCCAGAUGAAUAUGUGAUCCUUAAAGUCACGCAAGACACAUCAGUCUAUGACGCAAUCGCUCAGGCCCUGGCUAAAGCAGGUAGAACUGAUGAGAAGGUAGCAGAUCACGUGCUCGUUGAAGAUGUCCAGAACAGCUGGGAGAAGAAAGAACAAGAACGGUCAAGCUGUCAACGUAUACUGAGCAUGUCCGAGAAACUUCUUCAGGCUCAGAAUAAAUGGAAAGGAGCUGGAAAAUUCGUACUGCGAAAAGUCAGCACUGAUCCUAGCAGCAGGGCAUGGGUUACAUCAAUGCUUGCCAAAGAACAGCGGAGGAAGUGUGACAGCGGUAACAGCCCGUCUGGGGAUUGGGACAAAGACGAGCACAUGUUUCUCGUGUGUGUUUACAAUGUGUCACCUGACCAACCUUACACCAUAUUCAAGGCGCCAAUAUCGAGUACAUCUCAAGAUAUAAUUACUCAGGCCAUGCGUAAAGCACAUCGCUCGGGCGAGGAGGACCCGAGGAACUUCUUCCUUCUAGAAGAGUUAGAUGUCCAGACGGACUCUGUCAGUUCCGGCAAGAAAAGAGAAAGCGGCGAGAGGGUAUUCCGGCGGAUUUUGUCAGCGGAUGAGAGCGUUUACCAAGCUCAGAAUGAAUGGAAGACGAAUGGGAGAUUCGUACUUGUGGACCGUGAUAUGGUGGAAUUCGACCAGGAUUUACCAAGUGACAAGAAGAGAAAAAGCGUCCGGGUGAAGGGACCUGUUUAUCAACAGGGUAACGUGUCCUCAACGCUUGCAAGAAAAUUUUGCUCAAAAUUGUCAAGUAAAUCUGACCAAACUGAUAGUUCCCCAGCCCCCGAAGAAUCGCCGCUCUUAGCAAGGUCACCAACAGGUUUGGCUCUUUGUUUUAGACUGAUACCAUGCGUAUAUUCAAACAGACGACCAAAUAAAUGGCGCCAUCUUGACGAAAGGCAUUAUGGGUCAGCAGCUGCACCCGAAAGUCCGCCAGCCCCUAUAAACCUUUCAUUACUGCCAAGCUAUUCCCCGUACAGUAACGGCCAUCAACCAGCCAGUCCCAGUUCAAGCAGCAGUCAUUCCGGAACAUCUAAAUGGAAACGUAUCUUAAAACUUGGGAAAAACUGAAAUGUUAAUAAAUUUGUGAAACUUGUGCGUCCAGAACGUUUACAUAUACAGAUGGAUUAUAAAGCAAGAUGAAAUCUUAAAUAUUGAGAUUAGUGAACUUUUUGUGCUGCGGAAGAAUACUAAAUCUGAUACAAAAUACAAUUAAAAUGAAUGAAAAUAAAGUGCAAGUAUGUGUUCUUGAAGAUAGUAUCUAACAAAAACAUCGCUUAUGACGAAAAUUUCAGCAAAAACAUCGUUUAUGACGAAUUUCAACAAAACAUCGUUUAUGACGAAUUUCAACAAAAACAUAGUUUAUGACGAAUGUCAAAAAGCAUCGUUUAUGACGAAUGUCAACAAAAACAUCGUUUUUGACGAAUUUCAACAAAAACAUCGUUUAUAACGAAUGUCAAUAAGAAGAGAAGAUUAGCAAAGUGGGUUACUUCCAUUUAGUUUUUAUUUCUUCAAAAUGUACAGAAAAUAUUGACUCGUAACAGAUUGACGGAAUUUGUUCGACUGAUUAUAAAACUAUGUCUUUUGAUCAUAGUAGUCCAUUUUCUCACUCUUGUUUCCAAAGAGACAAGAAAAUAAGAAAUCUGGCCUAUAUUUCAUUCAUAAAUGGAUGGACAAUUGUAGUGUUUCUUUUUUAGUAAACUAUACGACUGUCUUAUUGCGAUUUUUAUGUAAAAUAUAAUCAGUAAUUUUAUACUAGAAUGGAAAUUAUUCACGAGCUGCCAAAAUGUCUGUUCAGAAAUAGUGCUAAUGACGUAAUUUUGUAACUUAUGUUGUGCUUUUUAAGUACCACAUAAAACGAAAUCCGUUCGUUAUAGAUUGGAGUGUAGAAUGUACGGAAGAUUAGUGAUACGCCCUAUUCAGGUUACCUUUUCAUUGAAAAAUAAAGUCGUGAGUACUGCAAGAAAGAAAUGAGGUCGACAUAUUUCUAGCGGAACCUGAGGAUUUUUCUUUGAUGUUCAAAUAUUUGUUAUUUGUAUAAUACAAAGUAAGUGCAAUACACAUAAUGCAGACAUCUGUGUAAUGACGAGUGAUUGUUGGCAAAUAGCGCUUUCUUAUUUAAACAGACAAAUUUUGUUGUACUGUUCUUGUUUACAAAAAUCACAGAAAUGUUUAUAUGAACGUAAUUUUGCAAUAAUUUAAUUUCAGUUAGGUCCUAGACUACUGAUUACCUGAUGUAAUAUUAUGAUUAUCUCUAUACUGGAGUUUAAAUUAGGGUCUGAACGACUGGUUACUUGGCGUAAUGUUGCAAUAAUUAAUCUUAUGUUAGGUUUUAGACAGCUGGUUACCUGACAUAUUAUUGCAAUAACCUAGCUUACACUAGGCUCUGAACAUCUGGUUUACCGAAACAGAUAUAUACGACAUUCAUACAGAAAUCAACGAAAAGAAAGAUAAUAUGACAGUAGUUGUAAUAUGGAUUGAAUGAUGAAAUAUGGUAACAUUGACAUGUUUUGUUUUCUGUUAAACACCUGUAUGCUAGAACGGGUUGUUUAAACAUUCUAAUUGUGUUUUAAAAUAUUCUUAUGUGCAAUGUACUUUUGUACUUUUAUUAAGCUAAGAGAGAUAGAUUACACAUCUGGCUUGUUUGUCCAGGUAUCUUGUUAAGUUUAGAACCUUUGUUUAAAAGAUAAAUCAUUUGAAACGAAACACCGGGUCAGUAGUUAAUGGUUUACUAUGUACUCAUACUGAGUUUAAGAUAACCAUGUACAUUGUAUAUGUUCUUCAAAUCAAAAGAAUUGACUAUAUUCCAUAUUAUAGCCUUUUUUCUGGACUCUGAUAUGAUACAUUAUAGCCUACCACCAGGUCAUUAGUGCUUUGAUUUUUAAAUUUUAUGAAAAGGUUCUUUAACAACUGUUAAGUAAGUCGGAGUGGGACUUCGACUUGAUAAAUUGCAACUUCACAUAUUCUGUGCUGUUUUUGUGUAUAUUCCUGUUUAAUUGUGUAAUAUUUGAGAACACUGAUCUCGAAAACAAAAACAUUUUAUACUGGAUACAGAUAAAGAAUGUUUUUAAUUUUAUAAAACAUUUGUUCAUUUUUUCAUUUCCAGACAAAAGUUCAUUUCAUGAUCGUGAUGAAACAGAAGUUCGCUCAUGUUUUAUGUAAAAUAAUUAUUAAGAUUGUUGUUGUUUUUGUUGUUACAAGUCUCACUGUUGUUGUGUUAUUUUUGGUGUAUGUUAUAUUCAUGACAUAGACCUAUGAAAAAUGAAAAAAUAAAAUAAAUCUAACUCUGUU